GGAUACAAGCUAUAUAACAACUUUGUAUUAUGAAUUUUGAUCCUCUCAUUUACUAUUUUAGAUAUUCUAAAUUGGUCUAAUACAGAUCUGGGCUAUUGUAUACUGCUUAGUUACUAAUUGAGUGAUGUUUGUGGACUGUGGACCUCACCUCAGCUUCACCUUUACGUGUUGAGCAACGAACAAAAUUAAGAAAAAAAACAAAGAAACAAACAGAAAAAAACGAACUGAACAUUUCAGUUACGUCUAUAUUGCGAAGAUGAUGGGGAACUAAAAAUCACUUUAUUGAAACAAGUGACGUAGUUGUUUGGUAACACCCACACACUGGAAACGCGAGGAAUUUUACUGACUACAUAGGUUCAGUUUGUGUUUAGUCUGUGUUUACAAUGUCCAGCACACCAGCUAAGGCGAUGGAUCCUCAACCUGCAAAGACUAAUGACGGCAAGAAAAAAGUCGUUGCCGUAGUUGGAGGUGGUUUGGUCGGUGCUUUGAAUGCGUCCUUCUUGGCAAAGAGGGGUUUUCAGGUACAGGUCUUCGAAUUCCGUGAAGAUAUCCGCCAGGCUGAAGUUGUGCGGGGCAGAAGCAUAAACCUGGCGUUAUCCCUUCGAGGUCGUGAGGCUCUAAAGCACAUUGGGAUGGAGGAAAAGAUCAUUUCGAAAGGGAUUCCAAUGCAUGCUCGCAUGAUCCACUCCAUUAGUGGGAAACAGUCCCCAAUUCCUUAUGGAAAAAAGGGUCAGUACAUCCUGUCCGUGGACAGAGCCAACCUCAAUAAGGAACUCUUAACAGCUGCGGAAGCCUACCCAAACACGAAGCUGAACUUUGGAUACAAGCUCUUGGACUGGAGCUGUGAUUCGGGGAUGAUGACCUUCCAGGGACCAAAUGGGACUGAGGAAGAAAUCCAUGCUGACUUGAUCGUGGGCUGCGAUGGGGCGUUUUCAGCCGUCAGGAAGCAGUUUCUUCGUCAGCGUCGCUUUAACUACAGUCAGACGUACAUCCCCCAUGGAUACAUAGAGCUGACCAUGCCCCCCAUUAAUGGACAGUUUGCCAUUGCACCGAAUUUUCUCCACAUUUGGCCACGGACCACAUUCAUGAUGAUCGCCCUUCCGAACCUGGACAAGACAUUCACCUGUACCCUGUUCAUGCCAUUUGAGGAGUUUGACAAAAUUACAACAGGAGAUCAAGCUCUGGAAUUUUUCCAGAAAUAUUUCCCGGAUGCUGUCCCAUUAAUGGGAGUAGCUGCUUUGAAGCAAGAUUUCUUUCAAUUUCCGGCCCAAGCCUUGGUGUCUGUGAAAAGCUCCCCACACCACAUGGGCGACAGGUGUGUUCUCAUGGGGGAUGCUGCUCAUGCUGUAGUGCCCUUCUACGGGCAGGGCAUGAAUGCGGGUUUCGAGGACUGCAUUGUUUUCGAUGAUAUAAUGGACCAGUUUAAUGAAGACCUGAGUGCUGUUCUUCUGGAAUAUUCCAAAAUGAGAGUGCCAGAUGACCACGCCAUUGCUGAUCUUGCCAUGUACAAUUAUAUUGAGAUGAGGUCCCAUGUCAACUCCAGAUGGUUCCUGUUUCGGAAAUAUCUGGAUAAUUUUCUUCACCGCAUCAUGCCGAGGACAAUCAUCCCAUUGUAUACUAUGGUGACAUUCAGCAGGAUGAGAUACCAUGAAGCUGUAAGACAGUGGCAAUGGCAGCAAAAGGUGAUUUCUAGAGGCCUGUUUCUUUGUGGCACGACAUCUGCAAUUGGAGGAACCUACUUGCUGAUUAAACUUUUUGGAAUGAGACCAAGCAUCUCUCUGGAGCAGCUCUGGAAUCGGGUUCUGGCUCUCAAGUGGUUCUGAGGCUGCAAUACUUGAAUGGGACCAUAGAAUCCACAAAUCAAUCCAAUUAACAUAAUCUGAUAAAUUAAGACAUAACACAACAUUUCUGCAUCAUAUUUGAAAUCAUUACAAAUAGAAAUGACAUCAUUAGAAAUAUGCCAUAAAUAUUUCUCCACCCAUGGCUAAGAAAGCUAUUUUAUAAAAGAUAUGUCAACUGGUAAUGUAAUAAAUGUGAGUAGUCUGUUGCCUUGGUGACACUGGGGGAAAAAAACAGCAGUUGUUAACAGCAUUCGUUUUAAAAGUAUUUCUGUUUCCUCACAGUAAACAAAUGUAGUGUUAUCACAACAAUGUUAUGUAAUUAGGUCAUUUAAGCUGUGUUUAUAUCUUCAGUGCCAGACACAAAGUGUCAUCAGUGCAAAACUGGUGCAACAAAUAAGGUGUCAACAAUUUCUGCACAAUUAAUGACAAUCAAAAGUACAGGAAUAGUGGGUUACAUUUUAUCUUCAGGGAGCAUUAUUUCCUUCACCUAUGUCACCUUCUUGUUCUGUGUUCUCCUAUACUUCAGAUACUCCUACAGACAUAUUCCACAUACUGGAUGUACUUCAGACGUAAUGUAUGCUAAGUUCUAGUUCAUUCGUGUAAAAGAUCAAAUCUGAAAAUGAAUUGCCCCAAAAUUAAAAUCUGAAAGAAAUGAAAUUUCCACCAAAUACCGCAACAGCUCAACUUUGGAACCAUUAAGAAAUUAUUAACGUCUAAGUUCAUAGUAGGUGGCAAAAGGCGGUUGGUGGUUGACUGGGUGGUACUGUUGCCUCACACUUCCCAGGUUAAGGGUCGGCGUACCUUCCCUACUUUGUGUUUGUGGACCUUGCAUGUUUUUCCACGAAUUACAGUUAAAAUAGUUUGCUUUUAGUGUAUGUUCCCCUGCCAGCCUGAGAGAGGCUCCCUCUGACCUUUUACCAGUGGUAUUUAGUUCAGGUCCAGAAAGUAAAAAUCCAGACCAGGAUUUCGUUUCACCCAACCAGUUGAGUACUCUGCGGUCGUGACUCUUUAUACUUUAUACUACUUGGUUGAAACAAAAUCAUGGUGUGGAUCUUUCCUUUUUUGGACCUGAACUAUCCACCUCUGUUCUAUACUGGUUAAAGGGGUAAAAGAUGGAUUAAGUGGCAGAUAUUUUUCUUUAUUGUGUUCAUUUUGGAGGAUAAACCAGUCCCUUUGGAAAGCUUCUCUGAAAUAUACAAAGGCUGCUUAAAACACUAUAUCAAUAGCAAAGACCUAGUAAGGAGUAGGACCACAUGCUUCCUGCAUAACAACCUUAAACCUUUCUUUAAACUGUGCAUAGUGGGACACUGGACCAUUCGACUUAUAGUUCCCUGAGGAACCGAGGAUGCAGAAAUUGACUUUGCACUCUGCAGGUCAGGUACUCGAUGUUCAGCCAUUUUGGAGCUCUGUCAAUUGCAUUGCGUUGCCUUGAAAACCUCAAACACCACAGUUCUGAUUGUGAAGCCUCUUCAAUAGCAGACACUAACUGGCAUUCAGUCUAACAUGACCCAGCUUUGUACAGUAGCUGUUUAUAAUUGCUAUUUAGUUACUUCAAAGGUAGCAUCCUUUUUCAUUUGGUGUUUUCCAUUGUGUCUACUCCCUGUAUGUCAACCCCUAUUUAGAUCAUUUUAAAUCUUUAAUUUAAUAAUAUUUAAAAUGCCUUUUGGUUUGACAAGGAAACCUGUAAGGGAACACAGUAAGGACUUAGAUUGAAACCUUUAACUGUGCAGCUGUGAGAUGGCAAUGUGAGCCAUAUUUGAUUGUACAGGCUUCUAAAUACACAGUAUUUGCUGUGUGAUACCUGAAUGGAUAUAAUAAACAGAUUCAAUACCUUGAA